CAAAGAAAAAAUUUUUUAUAGCCAAAGACGAGGAUUUUCAGAUACCAAUUAGCAUGCCUUCGAGGAAUACAAUCAGCGCCACAUAUGUCUUGAAAUAAUCUGAUAAGAGCACCGCAUCAUUAAAUAGUUAGGUGCGCUUAUCCAUUACAAAGAAUAUGAAGAUUAGAGAUAUUGAAUCAGUUACCAAUAUUCUUAUUCCUGGGCUAAACAAAAUAUGAUCUUAAUUUGGCCAAAAUUUGAAGAGCAUAUUCGACUAUUCCUAACUUGCAAAUAUAGUAAUUGUCCCAACAAGGGAACCCCCAACUUGGAAGUCAAGAGACAAAAAAGCACCUUUAAAAGCGCCUGUCACAAUUACUUACAGAAGCAAAGAGAAAGAUUGGUUCAUCAACACACUUGUUUCUGCUGAUAAACAUACGCAUAGUCGUCUGUGUAUUAAGACUUAUAGCCGUAUUACUCCAGAAGGCAAAGGAAGAUUCGCAGCUGCUUCCGA